AUGCGUUUGUGUUCAGAGGGAUCCCUGACCUGUUCGAGGAGUCCGAUAGCAUGUACAGAGAAAGUUUGCCAGUCGAGUAUCAUGAACAUUCCGGGAAGGGGCGACACACCGCGUCCUCCAGAGGAAGUGUUCAAAGAGGCAGAAAUUUUCCUCAGACAGUUUUAUCGCUCGAUGCACAGUGAAAACUCCCCACGGCAUCGAGCAAGAAUAGCAGAAGUCAAGAGAGAAUUAGAUUCAACUGGCACUUACAAUUUAAAAAGCAACGAGUUAUCGUUUGGUGCUAAGUUGGCUUGGCGUAAUGCACCUAGAUGCAUUGGAAGAGCCACUUGGAAAAAUUUAACGAUUUACGACUGUAGAGAAGUGACGACGGCUACGGGAAUGUUCGAAGCUCUAUGCACACACAUUAAAUUCAGCACAAAUAAAGGAAAUAUUAAUUCCGCCAUAUCAAUAUUUCGUCAACGGACCGACGGCAAACAUGACUACAGAAUAUGGAAUCCACAGCUUCUAGGCUACGCUGGUUACCGGCAGCCUGAUGGCACGAUAAUCGGUGAUCCUGCUCGUGUGGAAUUCACUGAGGUGUGUCAGAAACUUGGGUGGAAGGGACCAGGCACUGCGUGGGACUUAUUGCCUCUGGUGCUAUCAGCUGACGGCAAGGAUCCAGAAUUCUUUGAUUUGCCUCGGGAGAUUGUCAUGGAGGUCAAAAUGGAACAUCCGAAGUACGACUGGUUCAAGGAUCUGGGACUCCAAUGGUACGCUGUGCCAGCGGUCUCUAAUAUGAGAAUGGACUGUGGAGGCUUGGAGUUUACAGCAACUGCCUUCAAUGGCUGGUAUAUGAGUACUGAGAUUGCUUGCAGAACCUUCUGCGAUAUUAAUAGAUUUAAUAUGAUAGAGAAAGUAGCUACAGAAAUGGGGUUAGAUACGGACGCGAAACCACCUCUUUGGAAGGAUAAAGCUCUGGUGGAAAUGAACAUAGCAGUGGUGCACAGUUUCCUCAGAGACCGAGUAACUAUUGUCGACCAUCACACAGCUUCUGAAACGUUUAUGAGUCACUUGAAAACUGAAAACAGAACUCGAGGAGGCUGUCCGGCAGAUUGGAUUUGGAUCGUCCCUCCGAUGUCAUCAUCCUUGACACCGGUAUUUCAUCAAGAAAUGGCUUUUUACAUUCUCAGACCUUCUUACGAGUACCAGGACCCGGCUUGGAAAUGCUACAUCUGGAAAAAAACAGACACAACACGAAAAGUCAAAAGGAAGUUCCACUUCAGGCAGAUUGCUCGAGCUGUUAAAUUUACUGCUAAACUAUUUUCAAGAGCUCUAUCUAAACGAGUUAGGGCGACCAUCUUGUAUGCUAGUGAGACAGGCAAAUCUGAACACUAUGCCAAAAAUUUAGGAAUCAUUUUUGGCCAUGCCUUUAACACACAGGUACAAUGCAUGUCGGAAUACGAUUUCUUCUCCAUUGAGCACGAAACUUUACUUAUCAUCGUAGCAUCAACUUUUGGUAACGGGGAACCACCGGCAAACGGAUUAGACUUCAUGGAACACCUAUUUGUAAUGUUAAGGAAUGAAAAAGAGAAUAAAGAAGAUGAGAGAACGGAUCAAAGCGCGACGAGCUUCAAAACCCCGACACUGAGAGCUCUAUUUCGGACUAACAGCGUCUUGGCAGCUAGUAUGGAGUACAGUAGGCAAACAAGCAAGCAAAGUAUACAAAGACAACUUUCUCGAAUCUCUGACAAAAGCAGUAUUCCAACAUCAUCAGAUCAAAUAUCGGCAUUAAGUAAUGUUCGAUUUGCUGUAUUUGGUCUGGGUUCAAGCGCAUAUCCAAAAUUCUGCAAUUUUGCAGUCAAUAUUGACAACAUACUAGACGAAUUGGGUGCGGAACGACUACUACCUGUGGCUCGUGGAGAUGAAUUGUGUGGGCAAGAACAAGCAUUCCGUAAAUGGUCUUCAGACAUUUUCCAAGUUUCAUGCGAAACGUUUUGCUUAGACGAGAAUGACAUGAUGAAAGACGCACAAAAUGCUUUUGACACAAUUUCUCUUACACCAGAAACGGUUCGAUUUGGUUUGCCAAACCGGAAUGAUUGCGAACAGUUGACUUUACGACAAGGUUUAGAAUCUGCUUACAGAAAACAGAUGUUAUCAUUAAAAGUAGAAGAAGUUAAAUAUUUGGGAAAACACGAAGCAACGAAAAGCGCUACCAUUUUUGUCAACCUGAAAUCAGAACAUUCAAAGUACGACCCUGGUGAUCACAUUGCAAUACUACCCUGUAAUCCUAGAAAUGAUGUAGAUGUCAUACUAAGUCGCAUCACAGAUGCUGACAAUUACGACAAACAAGUACAACUUCAAGUGCAAGUGGAAAAACUGACAGCGACAGGUAUCGCAAAGUCCUGGGUGAACCACGAUCACCUGCCACCAGUAUCCGUUCGUGACAUUUUUACUAGAUUUGUGGACAUUACAAGCCCUCCGAAAAUACCGGUGUUGAAGUACCUGGCUAGUGCGUGUACGGAUAGCAAUGAAGCUGAAAAGAUUAGGGAAUUAAUUGCGGAUUCAAAUAAGUAUGACGACUGGAGUUAUUUCAACCACCCGAAUAUAGCCGAUGUUCUGGAACAGUUUCCAUCAUGCAAGCCCAAAGGAUCUAUGUUAGCUGCGUCACUGCCUCCACUGCAGCCAAGGCGAUAUUCAAUAUCAUCUUCACCUUUGGUGCAUCGGGAUAAUGUUCAUUUAACUGUUGCAGUUGUAGUUUUUAGAACGCAAAAUGGCAAUGGCCCACUGCGGCAAGGCGUUUGCUCAACCUAUUUACAAAAUCUGAAGCCCGGUGAUGAAGUAAUAGGAUUCAUGAGAAGGGCACCAACAUUCCACAUGCCGGAAUCAAUCUCAGCGCCCAUAAUUAUGGUCGGACCCGGUACCGGUAUAGCACCAUUUAGAGGGUUUUGGCAUCACAGAAGGCAUCUUAUUCAACAUUCUAAACAAAAUGCCGGCCCAGCAUGGCUAUACUUUGGGUGUAAAUAUAAGGACAUGGAUUUAUACAAAGAGGAGAAAGAAAAAGUUGUGGAAGAAAAAGUGAUUCAUAAAGCAAGACUUGCUAUGUCAAGAGAAGCCGGUGUAGAAAAAAAAUACGUACAAGCAUAUUUAGAGGAUGAUGCGAAAGACUUAUGUCGAAUGCUGACAGAAGAAGAAGGCCAUUUUUACGUAUGUGGUGAUAUCAAAAUGGCGGAUGAUGUAAGAUCAAAAUUAAAAGAAAUAUUCAUUAAACAUGCUGGUAUGACAGACGAAGAAGUAGAAGACUUUCUCAUUGAAAUGGUGAACGAGAACAGAUACCAUCAAGACAUCUACGGUGUAACAUUCCGUACAGCAGAAGUCCAUAGCGCUUCUAGAGAAACGGCAAAGAGAACCAGAUUGGAGUCACUGCGUUGA